AUUUCGAAUCAGCCGGCAUUCCACGCUGUUCCUGCGGCAGAGCGGGAUAUAACUUACCUCUUCAAGCUACACCUCUCUAAGAACAUCCGACAAUGAACGAGACCGCCGUUUCUUUCGCCAAGGACUUCUUGGCCGGUGGAAUUGCCGCUGCUAUUUCUAAAACCGCCGUGGCCCCCAUUGAGAGAGUCAAGCUGCUGCUUCAGGUGCAACAUGCUAGCAAACAGAUAACAGUGGAUAAGCAGUACAAGGGCAUUGUAGACUGUGUGGUGCGUAUUCCCAAGGAGCAGGGCUUCAUCUCGUUCUGGAGAGGAAACAUGGCCAAUGUCAUCAGGUACUUCCCCACCCAGGCCCUCAACUUUGCUUUCAAGGACAAGUACAAGAAGGUCUUCCUUGAUGGCGUGGACAAGCGCACCCAGUUCUGGAGGUACUUCGCUGGUAACCUGGCCUCAGGUGGUGCUGCUGGUGCUACAUCCCUCUGCUUUGUGUACCCCCUCGACUUUGCAAGAACCCGUCUGGCCGCCGAUGUCGGCAAGGCUGGAGCAGGAAGAGAGUUCUCUGGCCUGGGUAACUGCUUGGCACAGAUCUUCAGGUCUGAUGGCCUCAAAGGAUUGUACCAGGGCUUCAACGUUUCUGUGCAGGGUAUCAUCAUUUACAGAGCCGCCUACUUCGGCAUCUAUGACACAGCCAAGGGUAUGCUGCCAGAUCCCAAGAACACCCACAUUAUUGUCAGCUGGAUGAUCGCUCAGUCUGUGACUGCUGUUGCUGGUCUUGCAUCCUACCCCUUCGACACAGUCCGUCGUCGUAUGAUGAUGCAGUCUGGACGCAAAGGAGCUGACAUCAUGUACAGUGGCACAAUUGACUGCUGGAAGAAGAUUUCACGUGAUGAGGGUGGCAAGGCUUUCUUCAAGGGAGCCUGGUCCAAUGUUCUCAGAGGCAUGGGUGGUGCAUUUGUGCUGGUCUUGUAUGAUGAGCUGAAGAAGGUCAUGUAAAUGUUUCCUGUCCACCAUUCAAUGUGAGAUGUUUAACUGUAACAUAUCUUGUAAAUUUGGAAGGACUCUCAAAUUCCGCCUUAUUUAUAGGGACCAACUAGUAUGUCAGUACUAGUUGUACUGGGGGAAUUGUUUUUUGCGGUUUUCUUUUGCCCCAUCUUAUUUUUCCUCUUUUUGUUCCACUCACCAUACUGUCAUUCCCAGAAAGAAAGAAUGCCGGGUACUAAAAUCUACCUGUUUUCCAGCCGGUCUGUUUUUAGUCGAUGCAUCAAUAAAGACCCACUGAAUGAACCUAAA